AUGCCACUGUACCGGCGCGUUGCAGACGAAGAAGAAGCCUCCGAGGAUUACUUGGACGACCAGGAUGAAGAUGUUACAGAACUUCGCCCCCGCUCCUGGGUGUCCUAUGCUCAAUGGCCUUCCAUCGGGGGCGGUGAUGCUGAAAAGUCUUCACUAUCUUCGUUCAACAGCUCCACGCUCGAUGGGACUCUACCAACCUCUCCGCUUCCGACGCGUCACUUUGGCCCUGCACCUGUCGGGCGUGUGCAGCGACGACACAAGAAACUCAAGAAGGCUGUGCGGCUGACAAAUGGCAACCUUGUUGUGGACUUGCCUGUACCACCUAAGCUAGUCAAGAUCCUGCCUGUGGUGGGCGGCGUCCGCUAUGAGGAGAAGAGCGAAAUGACCAAGACACGGUAUACUGCUAUAACUUGUGACCCAGAUGAGUUCGAGAAGCGUGGCUUCUUCCUCAGACAGAACGAGCUGGGUCGUACAACUGAGCUUUUCAUCGUCAUUACCAUGUACAACGAAGACGAAGUGCUCUUUUGUCGCACUCUAUACGGCGUUAUGCGCAACAUCUCGCAUCUUUGCACGCGCAAGAAUUCGCGCACGUGGGGGCCGGACUCGUGGAAGAAAGUGGUCGUCUGCAUCGUCGCUGACGGCCGCAAAAAAGUACAUCCGCGCGUACUCGACGUGCUUACGCUCCUAGGCGUGUACCAGCCAGGAGACCACAUGAAAGGUGCGAUCAACAACAAAACGGUCACGGCGCAUCUAUUCGAGUACACGACCUCUUUCGGACUCGACCCGAAAAUGCACCUGCGCUAUCCUGACAAGGGGAUUGUGCCGACGCAGAUCUUGUUCUGCAUGAAGGAGAAAAACCAGAAGAAGAUCAAUUCUCACCGGUGGUUCUUCAAUGCGUUUGGCUCGCUCCUGCAACCCAAUGUGUGCGUGUUGCUGGACGUGGGGACUAUGCCGGGGCCGAAGAGUAUUUAUCACCUGUGGAAGACCUUUGAUCUGAACUCCAACGUCGGAGGCGCCUGCGGGGAGAUAGCGGCGUACAAGGGGCGGUACUGGAGGUCCUUGGUCAACCCGCUUGUUGCGGCUCAGAACUUCGAGUACAAGAUCACAAAUAUCCUUGAUAAGCCCACUGAAUCGCUUUUUGGGUAUAUCAGUGUUUUGCCAGGUGCAUUCUCAGCCUAUCGCUAUAUUGCCCUGCAGAAUGACAAGAUGGGAGUUGGGCCGCUUGCGUCUUAUUUCAAAGGCGAGGUGCUCCACGGGCGCGACACGGACAUCUUCACCUCGAAUAUGUAUCUUGCCGAGGAUCGAAUUCUGUGCUUUGAGCUGGUCGCCAAAGCGAACUCUAACUGGAUCCUCAAAUACGUCAAGUCCGCGAUCGGCGAGACGGAUGUGCCAGAUGCGAUGCCCGAAUUCAUCAGUCAACGCCGGCGAUGGCUCAAUGGUUCGUUUUUUGCAGCGACGUACGCCGUCGCGCACGUCGGCCAGAUGCUCCGGAGCGGCCAUUCAACCGGGCGCAAGAUUGCGUUGCUGAUUGAGACAUUGUAUAAUGUGAUUAAUUUGAUCGCGAGCUGGUUCGGGAUUGGAAAUUUUUAUUUGUUCUUCGUCAUCCUCACUUCAUCACUGGAGACGGAAUUUCCUGACGUCAAGUUUAUCAAGUAUCUCAACGCAUUCAUUCAGUACUGGAUGGGGGGUCUUAUUAUAGCCGCGUUCCUCCUUUCCAUGGGUAAUAAGCCGAAAGCAGCACCGUGGAAGUACAAGAUUCUCGCGCUCAGCUUUGCGCUUCUCAUGGGCUAUCUACUAUUCUGUGCGGUCAUGUGUGCGAUCGCGGCUGCGAGACAGGGUGGCAGCGCAAACAGCCUCAUGCUCUUCAGCAUUAUUGCCACCUAUGGCGUAUACCUAUUCUCAAGCGUGCUCUCAUUCGAUCCAUGGCACAUGUUCACAAGCUUCCUCCCGUAUAUGCUCCUUUCGCCAACAUACAUCAACGUCCUGAACGUCUUUGCGUUCUGCAAUCUUGACGACAUCUCGUGGGGCACAAAACAGCAGACGGAACAGCCACCGCUCGACCUUGGACAGGUGACGCAGAAUCCGUUGAAGGAGGUCGAUGUCGAGGUGCUCGCGGACGGCGCAGAUGCGAACGAGAUGUACGAGGAGAGCCUCGCGAACCUGCGCGACCGCAAGCCAAUCCCCGACGAACCUGGCGCAUACAUGUUUGAUCGCGAGCAGGUGGCACGGGACUACUACGCAAGUGUGCGAACAAAUGUGUUACUGUGCUGGGUGCUGUCGAAUGGUCUGCUCUUGGUGGCCAUCCUUGGUGGUGGAGAUCCUUCUUCGGCUUUCUCAGAAAACAACACACUCUCAAGGACGAAGGCGUAUAUGACAAUCAUCCUUGCCUUCGUUGCGCUUACGAGUAUCGUGAGGUUCACGGGCUCGACAUUGUACCUGAUCAUACGUGUCUUCACGGGAUAG